AUGGAAAGAACUAUAAUAUACUACCAUCGGCACUGGUUACCUGGAAAAACCAUAGAGUGUAUAUUGGAGCCUCAGGUACUCCACAUAUGCUUAAUGAGACGUAUUCACUCACUUAAAAUCGUCUUGAAACCAUCAAUAUACGAUGAUUUUAUGCACUCUGAACUUCCAGCUGCCCUGGUUCCUAUGUCAAAGGUUCCUCUAAGCCAAGAUAAGCUUUUGACACAUUUACGACAAACUAUAGAUUAUGGCAGGCAGAUGGCAGAGGAUAUGGAUGCUGGGAUAGAAGUACGGAAUGUCUCUAUGGAUGAUAAUCCAGAAGUUGAUUCUCAAAAUGCGUACAUUGGAAAGAUCCAUUCCAAUACGCUGACAUACAUUUUGAAUACAUACAUCAGCACACAUUUGAGAUAUGCCGUACUUUACCUACUUUGGCUGCAUCCUUUGAUAUCGCAAUUUACCUCGGCUGUGAUGCUUGCAUCCGUACCCCUCCCUUACGGAUAUUACGAGUUUUAUAAAAAGAGAAAGAGGAUAAAAAACAAGUGCAGGGAGUAUGGUUAUUACACUUUUGAACACACACUCCGGGAGCUCGUGAUUAUUCUCCACGCUAUUAAAAAGUGCCUAACUUUUGGCACUGAAAAGGGUUUGAUAAAUAUGGAGGAAGGGUCUAUUUUUUCAAACUUGGCAACUCUCUUCAGUAUCCCCUGUAAAGAUGUCAAGGAAAUUCUGGAUUUGCACUCGCAGUUUUCCGGUCUAAAGAGGUACUGCAUCAAGGUUAACAACGAGUACAAUGUCGUUUCUCUAAAACCUCCAUUUCUAUCCGGAGACACAGUAUCCGUCAAUGGCUUUGGAGGAACGUACUUUUCGAAACUUUUCGAAUGGUUUUAA